UCAGUUUGCAAUUUGACCAGGAAUUUAUCACGAUAUAGAGAAAUUUAAUUUAUCAGAUUCAACAUGCCAUCUCUACGUAAAUUUGAUUUGUUAACGAUGUUCUACAUUAAAGAGAGUUAGUUUAAAUCCUAAAUUUGAAUACACGACCUGAUUUAGGAGGAGAGUUAUUCACACUCAUUUAUAUACCGCUGUAGCUAAAAGUAGCAAUUAUCUAUAUCUUUAGUUAUGACGUCACCCCAUGUAUGGGAAGUGUAGACCUAAUAGCUUAAUAAUCUCCUAAUGCAUAUACGUUACAGUUUUUAAUGGACUUUGAUGGGCCACUAAUAUUGAUGACAGCGAAUUAGCCGGUUCCACUUGAUCAAAUCAUUAUGAUAAGUAAUAUUUACGUUUUAUCGCCUCUGUGACCUUGGAUGAAUCAGGUGGCAAAUGACAAACGCAAGGCUGCCAGCAUAAGUCUCAGUUUGACGUUUGUAUUCGUUUGAGAAGCUAGUCUUUUUAUUCGAGUGUUUUGUUAUGAUAAAAUCGAUUGUAGCCCUAACCAAUUCUGUGAUAUUAAAAAAUUCGGCCAGGAUGACAAGCAUACACAGCGCGUACAAGGACGAGAUACACGAUGUUCCGAUGUCGGUGAUCCUGAGGCCUUUCGAACCAGAACUCAGCGAGGACAAGGUGCAAUCGCUAAUGGAAACCAUACAGAACGAAGAGAAGAUAGGUAAUGUGCCACCUAUAGACGUCCUAUGGAUUGUAGGCACAGAAGGUGGUAAUUACUUUUACAGUUUCGGAGGUUGUCACCGUUACACCGCGUACAAACGUCUCAACAGAGAAACCAUACCCGCUAAGUUAAUCAAAUCCACUGUCUCGGAUCUCAGAACCUAUUUGGGGAGCAGUACACCGGAUCUAAAAUAACAUUAUGUAUGUAGAUGUAUAUAUGUCAUGUAAUAAUAGUAAUAAUAUAACUUUUUAUUGCACACAGAAAAAUAUUUAAAUAAUGUGCUAAAAAAGGCGGGUUUACCGCUUAAAGCAAUCUCUUACGGACAACCUGGGUUAUCGAAGCUUUGAGUUAGGAAAAGAUUUGUGGUUUCUAUAGAAAUAGACAAUAUACCGACAUAAAAUACAUAUAUACAUAAUUUAGUAAAUUAUUAAAAUAAAAAAACAAAAUUUACUAUUAACAACUGUUUACAUAAUUAUAUGGACUUGAGCGACCGAGCUAUAUUCGGCGUCCUUUUCAUAAUCAUGUUUUUUGAAAGCCACCUUAUAGACUUUAAUAUAAAAUGUACGCAUUUGUGUAUCAUGUGCUUAUUUUAUAUUAUUAAAUUUUAGUUUAUAACAGUUACCAUAAAUGGCACAGUAAAAUUAUAUCUAAUAUUAGAUAUAAAGCAUUUGUACACUAAAUUUAAAGUUUACAACUUUUUCUUUAUAUAGAAAACUUAGCAGUAUUGUAAUAUUUAUAUCUAUUGUUUAUAUUGUCAAUAUUAUAUAGUUUACUUUGAGUUGGAAGUCGAGAAGGAUUAUUACAGGAGUGAAAUUUUUGCUCUCCUGAUUAAUACCUCAAAUCUAGACGAAUAAUAAGAGAGAAUGCUAGAGACACUAUGACUGUAGGUAAGCGAGGAAUAUAUCCAGGACAUUCCUUAUACCAAGUAGUGGGAUAUAUCUAUAUAAGAUAUGUAUUAUCAUGUAUAUUAUUUUUGUUAUUGUUCAGGGUAAAGGCAGGAUGAGCUAAUAAGAUUUUGGAAAAAUGAGAAUAAGGUCUUAAUGUUUGGUACUACCAUAGAUAAAAUUACAAAAAUCUUUAUUUAGAUAUACCUACUAUUAAUUAAGAAUACAUGUACUUAAAAUAAAUAAAUAUACAAUUAUUAAUAAUUAAUAAUAAUAAUAAUACAGAUCUAUUAAAGGAACUUUGUUAUUAGUGGAAGUUCAUCUGUAACAUAAAAAAUA